AUGGCGUCGGAGCGACCCACGUGGAUGUCUGAGUGGCCGCCCCCUGUCUCUCAUGAUCCUUUCCCCUACGAGCCAGACUCGCUUCUCCUCGUCAAGCAUACUAGUACUCUCUCGCCUCACACGCCUCCUUCCUUGUACCCCCCACAACAGGUCCGGGUGGAGAAGCUGGACUCCGACACCCAGAAGAGGUACCAGCCUCUCGCUGCCCGCGAGCCUUUUUUGACCCUUAGCAGGGAGGAGAUGGAUCCGUACAUCGCCAAGAUGCGCAGCAGCUUGCAGGCCCUUGAGAUGUACACGGAGCAUCUAAGAACUUCCCUGAUGGACUCCGAGAACCCGAUAGCUAGCAGAGAGGUGGAGGAGGGCAACGUGGAGGAAGAGCAGAAGUUUCAGAGCCAGUUCGACAGUUACAUGAAGGAUCUCAUCGCACAAAGCUCUCUGAAUUACACCAGUUACGAGCUGGUCGACCCCAACAGCGUCAGCGAUGCGAUGAAGGCAGCGAGCAAGCGGAGCGAGUGGGCGAGGUUUGUUAUGACGUUGGACUUUGACUUCGAGGAGCUGGUGCCCUUAGAACCUCGCAAGAGGGCGACGCUCAAGCAAGACCUUCAGUUCUGCAUCGCAGUGGCAGCAAACCUUGACGCUGAGAGGGUGAAAGUGUUGACGCUCAAGGAAGGCUCAGUGCUGGUUGAGUUCAGCGUGAGGCCUGACAGCCGAGCAAGAGACGCGAGAGAGCAAACAACCAUCCUCAGGGAACUCCAAGAGAGUAUCCGAGACGAAAGUUGCCUCUUACGUUUCAAGUAUCGCGCUAUCAAAAUAAGCUUCGCUGAAGAUAAGCAGCUUGAGCAGAACGAAGCUAAAGCCUCGUCCAUCAAUGAGCGGAAAGAGCGCAGCUUGACUAAGAGCCUCUUCGGGCCGGCCCGGCAAGGCAAGGAGGCUGCUGCAGAAUCCUCGACAGGCAAAAGAGCUGGAGGGAUGGAGCAGGAGCGCUCGAGCAGCAUGUCUGAUGUACAUGUAGACUUUGACGAGCACCCGUCCGCCAUCCUCCACGUCCGUCUAGUCAAGGCCUCCCACCUCCCAACGUUGGAAUGGACGAGAGCGUUCUGUGUGUUGAAACUUCAAGACUCUUCCGCCUGCGCGUGGACCAGCAGCGAACAGCUCGAGCAUACCAGCCUCCUUCCCUGCUCAAGUGAGCGAGUCAGCGUGAUUGCACAGGGAGAGCACGCAAAGUUCGAGGAAGACUUCACCUUCGGCGUGUCGGAGAGCCGGGAGACAACGCUGAGCGUGCGGAUGUUUCACAAAGGUUUCAUCGCGACGGAGCUGAUCGGCGAAGUGCUGGUCCCUCUUUCCUCCCUCCUCUCCGCCCCUCGCUCGCUCUCCUCGCCCUCUUCUCCUCACUCCUCCUGGUUCCCCUUGAAAACUUUGGCGGGGGGGGACGUCAAACACAGCUCGGGUGUUCGAAGCGAGCUCAAGCUUGAGUUCAGCUGGACUCGACCAGUACCGGAGCACCUGCGAGUGCUGAAGGAGCAGCUUAUGAAGCUCGUGGGAGAGGAGGAGGCCGCUCAGCCGGACUGGCAGCCUCGGGUGUUUGUUCUCGAUCCCUUUUCUCGCUUCCUGUAUGAGUACGUUCCCGUCGGCAUUUUGAAUCUCCACGGUUCGAAAGUUUCCCAAGUGUCUUCCGACACCUUCCGUGUCUCCUCCGGUCCCUCCGCUCUCACUUGUCGCACGACCAGCAAAAAUGCUCUUCGCAUGUGGGUAGAGGGGUUGAAGCUUGCCUCCUCCCCCCUCAAGCAGCCGUCAGCGUCGCGAAGCUGGAGGUGGCCGAUCCUCCUGGCCGCUUUCUUGCUCGUGGGCCUCGCCAUCGGUCUCUGUGUGUGGAAGCUCGUGUUCUCCUCUUCGCCUCCUCCUCCUCCUCUCACGUGGACAAUCUGCGGCGUUGGGGAGAGCGAGUGCGAGGCCUGUCGCUGCUUCUCUCGCUGCUUGUUUGCCACCUCGCUAGGAUUUCAGCUCCCCACGACCCAGCAGGACCUCAUCUGCUCUGUGCUCUGCGCAUGUUCCGUGCCGCCUCGUCGGAGGGGAUGCGGGGAUGGCGUGCGGCAGAACAAGAGCCUGGAGGCCCUCGGCGUUCGCUUCUCUUCCUUCGAGGAGUGUGACGACGGCAACAACCAGAACCAGGACGGAUGCAGCGCGACCUGCCAGCUCGAGAGCUACAUGAAGACAGACGCGCUUGACCUCGUCCCUCCCCAGCUCGGCCUCUCACUGUGCGGCAACUCUCACACCCUCGCCUCUUGUGAGUCUGCCUGCCUGCUGUCCUCCAGCUGCCAGUGUAUCUCCUACGGGGGGGGUUGGUGCCACCUCUUCUCCAACUGCUCCUCCCUCCUCCCGGCAGCCUCCCUCAGCGCUCGCCCUGGCCUUGCAGAUCCCUGGCAGGAGAUGGAGUUCGCGUGCGGCGAAGGGAAGUACGUUGCCAGUCAGCAGAGUGCAGACGUGAGGGGGACCAUCAUGCUGGUGGGGAUCACGAACCUGCAGGAUCAAGACAUACGUCUGCUUGCUGCUGCCUUCCAGAACCGCUCGCUUGCUCCGGUCGCCUACUCCUUCCAGCUGAUCUCCUUCCUGCAGGGCUCUGUUUCCACUCAAGAUGCCUUGCCGGCAAGGAGGAAGGAAGCGUUCGAGUUGCGAGCCAGCAUCCCGGUCGUCUUCCUUCGCUUCAAGGUCACCGUCAGCACCUCCUUCGGACUCACUAUCCGGUCUGCUGUCAUCAACUUCGUCAACGCGGGGGAGGAAGGGCUCGCUGGGUAUCUAAAGCUUCAUGGCAUGCGCUCCUUGCUCAACGCCAUCUGGCCCCCGAGCAAUCCUCUCCCUGCUGUCUUCCCUUCCCCCGCCUCGUACUCGGGCUCAUCGACGCUGCUCCUCAAGCAGCCCUGGCGCUGCUACCCCGGGGGAAAUCGAUUUGCCCCUUCCUCUACUGCUGACCUCUGCUGCGCAAACGUGUCGCAAGUGUGCCAUCCCCCUGCCUUAUGCUACGUCUCCUCAGCUGAUGCCUUCCUUUGUAUCCCCAAGCGCGAGCCGCGAGCCCCGACAGACCUCGGGUCCACUGCGAUGGACCAGCAGGUGAAGCUUGUGUGGAGGAGCCCGGUAGACACGGGAGGGCUUGCGAUCAGCGGGUAUGCGGUGGAGCAAGCGGAGUUUGCGAUCGGGGACAGCAGCUACCGAUGGGUCACGAGGAGCACAGGGAGCAACGCGACAUCAAUCCUGGUCUCGAAUCUCAACAACUUCAUCUCCUACUACUUCAGAGUCGCUGCCAUCAAUCAGCUGGGGUCGAGCUCGACUAUUAGGACAAGCCUUCCCAUCAAACCCACGGUCACAGUCCCCGACAGGCCUCAGGCAGGACGGGCCAAAGCUGGUCACCUGCGCGCGUGGUUGGCGUGGGAUCCCCCCAGCAAGGACGGAGGGUCGCCCAUCCUCAGCUACCUCCUCUACAUCACCAACAAGACCAGCCCUCUCGGCAGCUGGGCUCUGCUUCAGCCCGGUCCCACCCUGCAGGUCGGGGUGCUGCCGCCUGGAGGAGCGGACGACUAUCCGAUCACUGCGACAACAUCGAGACGUCGAUCGCCUCCUCCCCUCCGCUCCUCCUCUUCUCAGACCCUUCGCUUUCUCGUCACUGGCGAUCAGAAUCAACGCCCUCUCCUCACUGGCAUCCAGUACGCCUUCGCCCUGGUCGCUCAGAAUGCGCAGGGCGGCUCCCAGCCGUCCAGCUACGUUCUUGUCACCCCGGGCUUCGAGCCUCCAGCUGCUGUCACGGACCUCAGCGCUCUCUGCCAUGGCGCAGGCGCAGCGGGUAGCUGCCAGUCGGGGCAGGUAGGGGACACGGAGGUGAGCAUCGGGUGGAGACCUCCGUCGGAGGACGGGGGUCAGGCGAUCGUGAGCUACAGCGUGGAGCUGAGCAUCAACAUGAGCUUCUCCCUCCUCGAGUUGCAGCUGCUCGUGCCAGCCAACGAGACUUCGAGGAGCAUUGGGAGCCUCGUCAACGGCAUCGGCUACUUCGUGCGCGUGCGAGCGAUCAACGGGGUGGGGGAGGGACCAGCAGCGAUCAUGGGGCCUCUCGUUCCCACCGCCUGCAUCCCGUUUGGCACCCAAUGCACCUCCUGCUCCCAGCCCUUCCUGCAGGUGUGGGGGCAGUGCUCCUUGCCAGCUUGCUUCCAGCAGGGGAACUCCACCAAGGACACGAGGUUGCUGGACUGCAGCACGGCUGGGUGCAAGCUGCAGGUUCAGCACGACGGGACAUGGGGUUACGUGGGUCCGAGUGACUUCUCGCAGCGCUCAGCUGAAGUCGCUUGCCGGUCGCUGGGGCUGCGAGCUCGACCAGUGGUCUGCGGAGGAGCAGCCUGCGGGUCUGUGGUGGAGGAGAAGCUGGGGAGCGAGGCGCGCGUGUGGCUGGAGGGCGUGCAGUGCACGGGGAGCGAAGUUUCCGUCGUCGACUGCCCUGCGUCUCAGAUGCCUGACAACACUGGAGCUCUGACAAAGUGGGGAGGACUGACCUCCUCCACCGUCGUCGGCCUCUGUUGCUGGCCGGAUCUCUAG